UCGGGUAUUGACUGUUUUUCUGUUCUUUGAGCAAUGUUUAUAUUUGGCAUUGUGUAAUUUUGAAUUGUGUGUGAUCGGUCGAUUAUCUUUACUUUAGACUAAAGUUUGAAAUAUAAUAACAAGUGUUUAUAUAGGACAAAUUCAGACGACCCAGAUAACAUAAAUCGAUGAUGUCAUCAAAUUUUAACAAACAAUUAACCGAAACGAAACAUUUAAAUUAUUCAGUGGAAUAUUAACGCUAGUGACUUUCCUGUUACAGCGGAGGAAUUUUUAAGCUUUGUAUAGUCCCACGUUAAAUUGCAGUUCAAAAUUAAAGGCAAAUAAACAUGAUACGGACACAGAAACUGAAUAGUUGCUGUUAAAAUAGAUCUAGAAGUGACAUUUAUCAACAAUCAUGGGUUGUUGUGCCUCAAAAUCAGAAAGCUCUAAGAAGAACUCGUUUCUUCUGCAGACGUUAGAUGGUCAUGAGACCGGGGUAAACUGCAUGGCGUUGAGUGAAGAUGGCAGUGUUCUGGCUACCGGAAGUGAAGAUAAAACUGCACGACUUUGGAGUGCAAAAACAUCACCUUGUGAGUGCAUUGGAAUAUUAAGGGGUCACGAAGAAUACCUUAAUUGCAUUUUAAUCGAAGACUGUUUCUGCUUAACCGGAAGUGCUGAUAAAACUGUCCGGAAGUGGGAUGUAAGCACGUGCGAAUGCGUACUCAUCAUGCGCGGACACACUUCUGUGAUAUAUAGAAUGAUAUGUACGGGAGAUUUUAUAUUCACAAGUUCGUACGACCGUACGGCACGGUGUUGGGAUUUUGACAACGGGGAAUGUAUUAGAGUGUUUAGGGGUCACAAAAGGGGCGUGUAUCCACUUAUUUUUAUCCCAGGGGAUGAUGAAGGUGCAGACGAUAUAGACAAUUACGAUGGUUCUAAAGAUUUACUUUUAACUGGUUCUGCUGACUUCACAGCAAGAUCUUGGAAUUUCGAAACUGGACAGUGCCUUAAAGUGUUUAAGGGACACACUGGGGCCAUUACAUGUAUGUCAACAGAUACAAUGGGUAGAGUACUCUUCACCGGAAGUACAGAUUACAGCAUUCGCUCCUGGGACCUUCUUAAAGGGGAGCAACUCAAAUUAUUUGCCGGUCAUCAAGGCUCUGUGAUAUGCAUGCAGGUCAUCAAUAAAAUCCUGUAUUCCGGAAGUUCUGACCACACCGGAAGAGCAUGGGUGACGGAGUUUGGAGAUUGUACGAGAGUUUACAAGGGGCAUAAGCAUACAGUCUCCGUCAUCAAAAUGAAAGACGGCCUUGUGUACACAGGCUCUGGCGAUUCUCUUGUUCAAUGUUAUGACUCGAAAUCCGGGGCUCUCAGGCGGACAUUCGCCGGACAUAAUGUAGCUAUUACCUCCCUUCAGAUUGUUGAGGGACGCCUGUUUACUGGUUCUUACGACGGUGCCGUAAAAGUCUGGGAUAUCACCGGAAUCAACGACGACACAGCUUUCGGAAAAGAGGAUGAAGAGAAAAAGAAAAGCAAAGAAAAUUCUGAUAAAAUUGAGCAAAUUAGCAAAAUUGAUCAGAAUCAAAAUGGCAUUGCUAAUGGCCAAGGCAAUAAGAUUAUGAUAGAGUAAAGGGGAACCAGUCGUUAAUACGUGAAACAGAAAGACGAGAUAUAUUGGACAUGAAAAGAAUCAAGACUGUAUUUUCAGCAAAGGCGAUCAUUUCACUGAGACAUGUAUUUGUAGAUUUAAGAUUCAAGAAAUUUAAUUUGUUGUUUUAUUCCCCAACGAAUUUUUAUGAUUUUUCAGUAUUUUGUUAGGAUGGGAGUGUAUUAUUUUUAAUAACAACAGUUGUUAAUUUCCACGUAGUUGUCGACCUUUUGCUUUACAUAUUAUUUUCUAUAUUAUUUUUUCUGCACUUUAAGUGUUCCGGAAAAAAAUUAAGGUAUCCGAUCAACAAAUAGGUAUAUUUCGAUGCCUGAUGACCCCAUGUUUUUUGGUAUCAUUUGAAAGAGUUGUGUCUGAAGAAGUUAUUGUAAGAUUACCGCUGCUUGUAUGUGGUUGGUAGAUGACCCUUUUUUGUUGGUGCAAUAAAAAGUCAAGGUCGCACUUUCUGCCAUCAGUCAGUAACUAAAAAUGAUUCGGCUUACAGGCCGAUUUUGUUGCGUGUUGAUUAAAUGUGAUAAUGCACAGUCAACGGACACUGGGCUAUAGCUUCAGAACAUGACUGAUUUUUUUAUGACUCAUAAAAUUGAAUAGUUUUCAGUUUAGCAACGAACUUUAAGAGUUUUUUUAUUCUUUUUAAAUCCGUAUGAAUUAAUAAAAUGCACGUUUCUGUAUUCUUAGUUAGGGUCCUUUUUGAUGUUAGUAUAUCAUUGUUCUUUUAAUGUUGUGGGGAGUGAAAGGUGUAAAAAAGACUGAUGUAUAAAAUUGUGCAAUAUUGUUUUGUUUAUCAUGCACAGUCAAACCUGUUUUAACGAUCACCUGUGUGCAAGACCAACUUGCUGAAAAGACAACAUAUUUCUUUUUUAUUAUGAAGUGUAGUUUAACCAGACUGUAAAGACCACAUGUUUCUUUUUUAUAAGCUCAUCUGUCACGUAGUGAUAAAGUGAGCUUUUGUGAUCUCCCUUCGUCCGUCCGUGCGACCAAAAUUUCUUGAGAACACAUUUAUGGCCAUAUCUUCAUGAAACUUGGUCAGAAUGUUUAUCUUGAUGAUUCCUAUGCCAAGUUCAAAACUGGGUCAUAUGGGGUCAAAAACUAGGUUACCAUUUAAAUCAAAGGAAAAGCUUGAUGACACCGUAGAGGCCACAUUUAUGACCCUGUCUUCAUGAAACUUGGUCAGAAUAUUUAGCUUGAUGAUUCCAAGGCCAAGUUUCAUAGGUGAGUGAUAUAGGGUCAUCAUGACUCUCUUGUUAUAUUUGGGUUGUUGUUUAACCUGUGAAUAAAGACCAGGUGCAAAUGAAGAUAUUUGUUUGACUAUCCCAGGUGGUCUUUAUAAAGAGGUUUGACUGUAGAAGUAUCGGCUAUUUAUUUGUUUUCUUAAUUUUUCAGUUCUUGUAUAAAAGUUUUUAUCUAAAUAAUAGGACUGCAUUUAUAACUGAUGCAUAUCUUUGUGAACAACUCUGCCCUGUUUUAGAACUAAGUUAAUAUCACCAGUAACUGAUUCAGCACAGAAAAACGCAAACUGUUGGGAAAUGUUUAAGGAUGUUUAAGAAUACCUUGAUGAAAUUACCCUUUUUCUAGACAACACCAUUUCGCAGUUGGAAAACACUUGGAGAUAUUUAAAAUGCGCAGGAGCUCAAGGAGCAUAAGAAAUCAUUUAUGAUAGUUCUGUUUCAUGUUAAUAUAUAUAUAUACAUACAGUACAACCUCUCCAGAGUGGCCCUCUCUUAAGCAGAAUCCUCUGUAACAACAUAAUCAAAAUUUCUCAAGCUCAAAAAUACUAUCAAAUCAAGUUACCUCUCCAGAACAACAACCUUUACACAACAGUCAAUAUUUGUAUCUCCCAAAUGAUGCUGCUCUACAGAGGUUGCACUGUAUAUAUUUUGCAUGCCUGACAGAAUUUUCCAGUGUUUUGGGCAGUGCUGGAAAACUUUGUCUUACACCCUGGAGUGUAAAUGACUCUCGUGCUGUAAUUUAUGAAUGAAUGUGUAAAUUCAGAGGCUACUGUAGUAAAACAUUGCUUAAAACAAAAGCACCAGUUUUAUUUCAUUUCUUCCGUUAUUUGAAGAAUACUACAUGCAAGAAAAAGAUUUUUUCACUGGUAAAUGUGUGGAUGGAACUACCUGGCUCUGCAGCAACUUGGCAGAGCCCUGUUAGCGCCUAAACAGUUACCCUUGAGCAAGAUAUUUCUAUCCGUACUUACAAGUAAAAGAAUCUUAUAAUCUUUCUUGCUACAAACAAAUCAUAAUGAUUUUUUCUGUGUUUAAGUCAGUGGCGUUUAAUUAUACUGCAUGUAUAGUCCCAGGCAAACUUAAUAGAUAACUGAUGUAUGUAUGCCGGAGUAACUGUCAAAGUAUAAAAAGCAUACUUAUUGUCUAUCAAGUGUCUGUAAGUAAACAUCUAAACAGGUGUACGUCAGAAUUUCUUUCACUUGCUGGUAGUAUUCGUAUAUUUUAGCCAUUUGAGCCAAACCAUGAGAAAACAAACAUAGGGCAUUUGCACUAUGUUGGUUUCUUUAAUUGAAAUAGGAAAACGAACAGCAUGGAUACUGAUCAGACUGCUCAGAUUGGUCUGGAUCCAUGCUGGUUGCAAAGCCACUACGCCGUUGGUUUUCUCAUGGUCCUGCUCAUUUCAUCAUGUGUGUUUGCGAAACAAAGUAUGUUAUAGUUAUAUUGUGAAAGGUUAAUGCUGUUUUCAACAGCAUGUUGUGGAUUACUGUCUUAUGUUCAUAUAAUCUGCAGGAUUUCAACUGAUUAAGGGUGCAAUACAAAAUUGGGUAACCCAGGGCAUGAAGGGCUGCAAGGCAAUAAAGUGUUUAAAUCUAUAGUUAGUUAAGUUAAAUGACCGUUUUCUUGAUAGACUGUUUUCUUCAUUUUAUCAGUUUUCUUUCUUUGUCAACAGAUUUACCAAAUUUGAAUUGCAUUGUAUCUAGUGUAACUUUUUUUUUUCAUGCAUAUUUUCUCUCAAUUUUCCAGAAAAUAUACAUUUGUAAAUUGGUAAACUCGAUGUAGUUUUAGUUAGAAAAAAAUGUACAUGACAUUAUUUCAUAACUGUUUUGUCAAGAAUACUUUCACUGAAUGAAAAAUACUCUUUAAUUUUAUCUACCUUUUUUAGAGAAAUUACUCUGUUUUUGUAUUUUAUUUUUUGAGGAGAAUUUUCUACCAAAUUAAGAGAAACAAUACCAAGGCAAAGUAAAGCUCUGCUUGCCUAUCACAGGCAACUCCACUGGAAAUUUAAAGCUUGAAAACAAACCAAUCUUGAAGAAAACCCCAGAAAAACUUUACAUCCAUGUCCAUUUUGUGUAUUAAUUAAAAUUAGAUUAUUCAACAUCUAUCAUGUCAUAAACUUGAAGCUUACAUUUGUAGCGAGUUAUGUCAUUUUUUCCGUGUGUACUAGCAGGUUCUAGUAUCAGCAUCUAUUGUUCAAUUCAUUUGAUCAACAUUUUUGUGUGUUUUUGAUGUUUAUUUUUAGCAAAUAAUUACAGCUGAUCAAUGUUUCCAUAUAUAUAUACAUGCAUAUAGCACAAUAUUUUCGUAUUAAAAAUACACCUAGCUUUCUAUCAACUUACAGAGCUAAAUGAAAAUUGAUCCCAUCAUGCUAAACUAGUUGCAUUCACUCUAAAACCAAAGUUGUAUGUAAACUAAACAUAUAAUGGUGAGGUGAUAUUCCAGUUAUAAGUACAGUCAAACUUCUCCUGCGUAAACUUAAUGGGACUGGGAAAAAUUGUUUGAGUUAAUUUAAUAUCAGUAGUCUGAGCCAUUGAGCAAUUUACAUUGUAAAGGGAUUUUGCCAAGACCUUACAAUGAGUCCAAACAAAUGGUAUCGUUUGAAAUAACCAAGUUUAAGCAAACCAAGUUUGACUGUUGUAUUAAAUUGAAAUUAACUGAAAAAGUUUAUUAGUUUUGGGUUCUAUCAUGUAAUCUGGCUCUUAGUUUUUGUGCAAAUAUGAUAAAGAAAACUAGACCCUGUAAUACUCUUGUUCACAAAGCAGUGAACAAAUGAAAAGUGUAUUUUUUUUCUCUCAAGUAUUUACAGCAUUUACUUCUCUUUUAUUCAUUGUUUUUUUAAAAUGCAUACUUAUAUAUGUAUCUAAAGUUAUAAACUUUUAUAUAAGCCAACAGUUUAACCAUAAUGGAAAAAAAUAAGUAUGUAUAAAACUAAAAGGAUUCAAAAUGUUGCAAUAUUUAAAUCAACAAAGAAUCAACAUUAUGAGGGAAAAAAAAUACAAUGAGUCAACUCUUUUUUUUUGGUAGAAUAUAGUGAAAUCUGUGAUAAAUGAGACUUCUUGUUACUGUUCAUUCAAUAAACUCUCUUAGAAAACACAGUGUUUGUUGUUACUUCUCAAGCUUAAUGGAAGUGCUAACUACAACCUUGCAGUCAUCACAAUGAUAAGGACAAUCCUUACA